GGGGCAAGAGAUAAGCCAGCCCUGGUGCACAGCUCUCUUCACACUCACGCGCAUUGUUCUGUGUCCAGCUGUGCCUUGUGCCUCUGUGGGCUGAGAUGACGCCAAACUUGUGGGAGGGUGGAGAAAGAAAAAAACCGAGGGAGAAGUCUCCCACUUCCAGAACAGUAGACUGUUCAUCAUUUAACAUCUCACUGGGAGCUCACUGUAUGGCGCCUGAGACUCUGGAAAUUGCUUAGAAAACAGAAAUUCCCAAGAUGCAGUGGUGCAGAUGGGCAACCAACUGGAAAUCACACCUGCCAGGAAAGUCCUCCGGGCCGGAGGAGGACGACUACUUUGACUUCCUCUUUAAGAUCAUCCUGGUGGGAGAUUCAGACGUGGGAAAGACCUGCAUAGUCCAGAGCUUUAAGUCUGGUGUCUUUGUGGAGAAACAGCAGAACACUAUUGGAGUGGACUUCACUGUCCGAACACUGAAUAUCGAUGGCCGGAAGGUUAAGAUGCAGGUGUGGGACACGGCUGGACAGGAGCGUUUCCGCACCAUCACCCAGAGUUAUUACCGCAGCGCCCACGGAGCCAUCGUUGCCUACGAUAUCACACGGCGGCCGACUUUUGAAUCUCUGACACACUGGAUCCAGGAAGUGGAGCAGUACGGCGCUGCUAGUGUUGUUCUCAUCCUGAUUGGCAACAAGUCAGACCUGCAGUCAGAAAGACAGGUGCUGUUCGAGGACGCCUGUACACUGGCUGAGAGGAGGGGAGCGCUGGCCGCCGUAGAGACCUCGGCCAAGGCAGCCCAUAACGUGGAGGCAGCCUUCGUGCUCAUGGCCCGGGAGCUGAUGAUGAGGAACGGCCUGACCAGCGCGGACGAACACUCAGCGGCCUCGGCGCGCCUCUCAAACUCCCAUCCGAUCCACCGUUCUGAUUCCACCGACAAGAAGUCAUGCUGUUGAGUGUUGACGUCAACGUCGGGCUGAUGGAGCAGACAACAAUCGGGAACUUUGCCAACACCGCCGUCACGCUACAUAUGCUUGUGUAGAAGAAAAGCCCAAAAUGGGUGCUGGUUAAGAAGUGUCCUGGGAAAGGGGCUUGGCUGAGGGGGUGUAUUAUGUUGUGAUGGGAAGGAUAGAUAUAGGGAAUACUAUAAUAAUCAAACAGGCUAUCAUUGCCCCAAAGGUUUUGACAUUUGACAUUCACAAUUUUAACAGUAAUUUUCAAACAUGGCUGCCCUUAUUUUUUUUAACAUACUAGUCUGUUGUAUAAACAAAACCAGUAUUUAAAUACAGAACAGUUGGUUGCCCCAUGUUCCCCUGGGCUUCAUUGUAUGUGGCAGGAACUGUCUGGUUUCAAUUAACACUCCUUUGUUUGAUCAA